AAUGACCUGGUAAUGCUGACAUUUAUGGACGACGACCCUUAUGACAAGAACCUGAGUCCCAGAUACCCCAAAAACAAAGGACACCAACAUGUUGCAGAGAGUGACAGACGAUACCCUUCUACCUUCUACCACACUCCACCUAACUACGGAGAUGAGCAGUUCUUAAAUGAUGACCCCUUGCUAUCCAGCACCAACGAGGUGGAGUCAGCUUUAGAUAACCCGACCCCUUAUCACCUGAAGGAGAAUCAGAGGAGGCAAAUACAACAGUACAUGUCCAGCCAGCUAACUCCUGCUAACCCUCAGGCUCAAUCUUCCAGCUCCAUGCUGUCUCCCAGUAGACUCUCCCCCAAGUCGAUGACACCAGACACCCCACUCUCUCCCGACGAUCUGAACAUGAACUUUGGUAACUUUGAGAUAGACUCCAUCCUUGAGACUAUAUCCUCCCAUGAUAACGAGGAUCAGCAGAUGAAUAUUGAGAUACCGAUAAACUCCCUGCCGUCCUCCUACACAUUUAGCCAGACAGUGCCCACUCACCCUCCCCCCGGCUCCAUGUUCAACUACUUCCCCCACUCUCCCAGCACCUCCAACUUCAAUGUCAUGCCCGGUCAGACUUCAGCUGUCAUGUCGUGUCCGGCCCACCUGGGCCUUCAGAAACCAGAGAACUACGGUGGUCAGCUCGAUAUGAAACAGUACACUAAGGACCGCCAAAAGAAGGACAAUCACAAUGCGAUCGAGAGGAGGCGGAGGUUUAACAUCAAUGAUAGGAUAAAGGAGUUAGGGACACUCCUACCCAAACAGGAUCCGGAAAUGAGGCCUAAUAAAGGAACCAUCCUCAAGUCCUCGGUCGAUUACAUACAGUCACUGCAGGGUGAACAGUUGCAAUGGCAGCGGGAACGCGAGGCCAUGACCGCGCGCAUCAGCCAACUGGAGAAUUGUCUGCGUAAGCACGGCAUCAGCGAUAAAGAGUGGGUCGCUCCUUCAGAAUACAAUGAGAUCACGGCACACCACCAUCAAACUUUCUCCAUCAAAAUCAAGCAGGAACCAGACCAAUCGUUUUACAGUGAUUAAAACCCAGUGGAUCUUUUACUAUUUUGUGAGUUGUGCAGUAAAUUAUAAUUAUUAUUUGCAUCCCAUCCCGCCAGAAAAAGUGCAUGGUAGAACAAAUUUCAACAUGUUAAAAUAUUGCGUGAGAUGUUAAGCUAAUUUAUUCUUUCUGUUAUCUUGAGAGAUUUUUUGGCUCUUGAUUUUUCAACAGCCUGUUGACCCCCAGCGGAAACAGCUGGCAAAUUAUUCGUUGAGAAAUCCAUAUUAUAAUUUUUAUGGUAAGUUUGUAGAGGUUUAUAACUUUACGAUGAAUCUUAACAGAAGAAGAUUUUAGUUGUAUUUUGUUAAUUUUGUGUUAAAACAUAUGAAGGGUUAUGAUUUAUUAAAAUGCUGUGUUGCAUUCGUAAUAAAAUGUUUUUUGUUGUUUAAUUCGUUAUUAUGAAUUUGUAAAUACAGCGAUUCAUCCGUCUACUUGUAUAUAAUAAAAGACUGUGAAUGUAUCUUCAAAACUAAUAUCCUUAAAAGUUUAUCUUGAUAUGAUUUAAGUGUUUAUUUUGUCAGUUUCUCAAUUCAUUGUAUUUAAUUGCUUUACAGACGAUAUUUAAGAUCUUCAAAAGACUUUCCCUUGGAAGAUAUUUUAUCAGAGGGUGGUUCCUGAUAUACCGAUUUUAUAAGGGAAUACCUCAGUAAAAUAUUUUUAACUCAUUUAUGAUCUCAUUUUUAUCUUCUCCAAACCUUAUCUGCUGGCUAUCAUUCAGCAACUUUUAAAGAUUUUUACGUUUGCUUUAAUGAUGGAAGGUAUCAACCCAUGAUGAUGGUAUUUUAAAUAGUUUUUAUAAGUUUUAAACUUCUCAUAGACUAAUUUUGUUUCCAAACUUAAUUUGUUACUAUUUUCAUUUAGACCUUAUAA